GGAGAGAGCUGAUCCCGAUCUGAUCUCAUCCUAGAAUCAAGGUAGUGAGUGAGUGAGUGGUGACCUGCCACCGCACAUACAAACAAAGUCCCUUUCCGCUCGAGAACUUUCUCUCUCUUUCUUUCCUCUCAAGACCAUCACAACUUCACGAAGUUACGAUUCACCGCAACGCUCAAUAUCAACUACGUAAUCAUCCCUUAAGCUUCGCUUGGGAUUGAUUCAUUUCUUAGUCUACAAGAUCGAAAUUUUCGAACCUUACCUUGACUCGACUCAACAACAACAAACCACUUCUGCUUCCUUUUGCUUUUAGUGAUACCCAUCUCGCGCUCGCCAUUCAUCAUGUCUUCAUCCGCGCAGGUUAACAGACCCACCAACAUCAAGGCCAAGGAGGAGGAUGUUAAUCGUAAACUCCAAUUCUACGGCAUUGCUUCAGCCUUCCAAGCUGGCAAAGUCCCAUCCAACGAACAAAUUGACAUUGCUCUCAACAGCUUCUUGAAGUCCCAAGCCCUUUCCAGCCCAUCCAAGAAGCUCUCAGCUGAAGGUCAAGCUUUGGUCGCCGAUUUCCGCAAUGUAGUUUCCGAGGCUAAGUACCUGCUUCUCAGCAAGAACGAGGGAAAUCUCCUCCAGGAUUUCAUCUGGCAAUCACAAAAGAUCGAUGGCGCGAACGCUGCUCUGCCAGGGGCACCAGUUGACAAGGAGACUGCCAAGCAGCAUGGAAAUGAAGCUUUGGAGGGUCUGCGAACACUCGGAACGUUGAUCCUCAGCAAUGGGCAAUUCAGAAAGCUUUUGAACGAUGCUGUCAUCCUUAUGAGAGAUAUUGCUGGAGAUGCUGCCAUGAAGGCUGCCGACAAGGUCAACCCAUCCGAAGAUCAAUUGAACCAGAUCGACAAACCAGCCGACGACAAUACUUGGCAUGAUGUCCCAGACAUGUCUGCAGGAAACAUUAAGCAACAGAUUAAGUCUCAGUACAACCAAAACAAGCCAAUUGACCGCAAUGACGUCCGAGAUGCUGCCGGAAACGCCAGCCAAGCUGCUCACCCAGAUGGUUCUCGUGAUCCUACCGAUACCGCUGCUCUCGCCAGUCAAGACCAACAAUACGGUACCGCUUCCGGUGUUGACGCUCAAUCUGGUGUGCAAAAUGGUGCUGCUACUCUCAAGCAACGUGCUUCUGAGAACAUUGAUGCGGAUACCAAGCAGAAGGGCCGUGAGACUAGAGAUCGUACCAAGAACUAUCUCUCCAAGAAGAUGCCACAAGAGCGUCGUGAGCAGACUAUUUGGCGUUUGAAGAAGCUUGUUGUUGAGUGCCAGGGACAUCCUGAUUACCAACAAGCUAUCACCACCUUGCUCGACUUGGCUGAACAGUACGCUACUCAUGCUAACACUGUUACUCAACAAUCUACCGGAACUGUCAAGGGUGCUCAUGCUGAUACCGCUCUCCAACGUGCUGAGACCGAUCUUCGCGUACUCAUCGAGCGUUUCGCCAACCACACCAGCAUGGAUGAUCUCUUCGACUCUCUCAACACCAUCUACCGUGAUGCCGACAAAGACCCAGAAUUGAAGGGCUGGUUCAAGAAGAUGGACGCCUAUAUCCGCAAGUGCCUCAAGCAACAAGGCUACAUUAUGGAAGAUGCUGCUACCGAGGAGUGGAACCGUCUCUAUGACCAAGGCAACUUCCUCCUCCGUGAUCGUUACCGCAACCACACUGAUCGUAUUGUCGACGAGACCAAGUUCUUGGCCGAUCAGUUCGACCAGGACCCACAGAACAAGAAGUUCGGUCAAUCCAUGCAGAAGCUCUUCAACGAUCUUGGCAACGACGAGAAUGGCAAGCCAACUUUCAAGCCACAUCUUGUUAAGGACUUGACUGAGGUUAUCCUUCCUGGUGUUUUCGAGUCCAUCCGUUACGUACCAAUUCCCAGAAUUGAGUACUCUGACCCCAUGAUCGAUGCUGUCAUUGAGAACUUGGUUAUCGAGAGCGACAACCUCAUGCCCAAUGUCAUGGAAGUUGCUGGUGACAACUACUUCCGAUGGGGCCGCAAGGGAAUGGCCAACAAGAAGCACCACAGCUUCAUGAUCUCCGUUUCCGGUAUCCAAAUGGAUCUUCGCGAUGUUGCCUACUAUGUCAAGAAGAAGGAGGGAUUCCCAAGCAUUACUGAUCUUGGUGUUGCCGAUAUCUUCCUCGGCGGAACUGGUUUCAGCUUCAAGCUGAAGUUGUCUUCUGCCCACAAGAAGGAUCAACAGAACUUCUUCAAGGUCGACAAGGUUGAUGUUGAUGUCAAGAACUUUAACAUCAAGCUUAAGCAGUCCAAGCACAAGGUGCUUUUCGGUCUGUUCAAGCCUGUUAUGUUGAAGGUUAUCAGACCAGCUCUUCAGAAGGCUAUGGAGAAGCAGAUCAAGGACCAGUUCAACCAAUGGGAUUCAUUUGCGUACAAGAUCAAGGUCGAGGCUGAUCGUGCUCAACAAGAGAUUAUUGAGGACCCCGAGAAUGCCCCUAACAUCUACCAACGCUAUGUCACCGCUGCCCAGAAGCAAUUCGCUCAGGGUAAGCAAAAGGCUCAAAAUGCCGCGGACUCAAUGGCAGACAAGAAGGCCAAUGUCGCCAUGACCAAGCAAGACUCGAUCUUCCCCGACAUCCAUCUCCCAGGUGGUAUCUCGUCCAAGGCUACUGAGUACAAGGAAUUGGCUCUCAAGGGCGAUAGCUGGGAGUCUCCAAUCUUCAAGUUGGGUACUGCUGGUGUCUCUAACGACGUUCCUCGUGCUCAAGAAGUUACACGCAAGAAUCACUCCGUCACUUCGGGUGGUGUUCGUGGCCCCCAGAACAUCGGAAACACUGGUUCUAUGAGCAACCAACUUUCUGAUCAUUCUGCUCAGAGCGUUGGAACUAGCGGUCUCGGAUCUAACACCACUGCUCCCACUACAGCUGGUAUUGGAUCUACCGGAAAUGGCUCUGCUGGAUACAGUAACGGAUCUAUCUCCAACAACACAGCUGGCUUCAGCAACCAAGUUGACCAAGCUUUCAGCAAGGAUACUGCAAAUGGACCAUCUCUGACCAAUGGCAAGAGCAACGGAACUCCAGUUGCCGGUAGCGGAAAUACUUACAACACCACACUCGGUGCCAACAACCCAGUCAUGACUGGUACUAUCUAA